CAAUCUAGUUGAUAUGAUCGCCGAUGACCAAGCACAUAGCGCGCGCGCAGGGUGGUCUGCGUUAUUAGUAAUGUAACGUUAGGCAUCACCUUCACCUUCACAUCAUCAUGUUCUGCUGGGGAGACGGUUCGAGUGGACAGUUAGGUCUAAACUUUGAGAAUGUGUCUGUUCCGAUAGCAGGGAAUAUAUUCUCUGAUAAAGUCACAGAAAUUGCUUGCGGGGAGCAACACACUUUAUUUCUCACGGCAGAUGGCAGGAUCCUAUCAUGUGGGCGCAAGGGACAACUUGGCAGACAGAGGAACUUAAAUUCAAAACUACCAGCCCCAGUGGAGGGUCUGGGGGCAGUGGUCUCUGUGUCUUGUGGUCAGGACCACUCUGUUGCUGUGUGCGCGUCAGGACAGGUCUACUCCUGGGGGGCAGGGGGUGAGGGACAGCUGGGCAUCGCCCUUACUACUGUCUCCAAAGCCCCCAGGCCAAGACCAGUUCCAAUACCUUCGCCCUUGCCGAUAACAGUGAUACAGGUUGCUUGUGGAAAUUACCAUUCUUUGGCCCUGACUAAAGGAGGACAGGUGUUCUCAUGGGGUCUGAACAGCCAUGGACAGCUGGGCCUGGGCAAGGGAGUCCCUCUGCAGCCCAUACCUGCCCUGGUGCGCCCCCUCACAGGGGUCCCAGUGACCCAGGUAGCAGCCGGAGGAACCCACACUCUGGCCCUCACCCUCCCAGGCCUGGUCUACUGCUGUGGGGCGAACAGGGCUGGGCAGCUGGGACUCAACCGUGUGGAUGAGAAAGGCCGGUUCAACAUCUGUUCUUUGCCUGCUCUCAGAGUCUUGGGGGUUUCCUUCAUCAGCUGUGGAGAGGCACAUUCUGCUGUUCUCACCAAGGGUGGACAGGUGUUCACCUUUGGAGAGGGAAGCCGAGGCCAGCUUGGGCACAACGCAUCAGCUAACGAACUCCUACCCAAACUGGUAGAGGGUAUGGAUGGACUGGCCUCACAGAUAGCAUGUGGCAGCCAUCACACCCUGGUGCUGGGGUCCUCAGGUCAACUCUGGGCCUUUGGCAGUGGGGUCAAAGGUCAGCUAGGGACUGGCAACACAGGGGGCAGCUUGCAACCCACCUCAGUGCUGCUGAAAAGGGAUUCUGGUGGGGCAGCAACAGUCAUACAUAACGACAUGAAGGUAUCAGUGGGAUGGAAUUCAAACUUCAUUUACACCACUGAGAGUUCUGAAAGAGAACAGCCAAUCGGGAGAUGAGAUAAAGCCAAGCUGCAAAAAUGGCUGUCGAUGGAGCAAGGAAAUUCAGAGGCGCAAAG